UCGCUGAACAGGGGCAAUACAAUUGUAUGGGAGAAUGCAGGCCAUUCAGACAGGCGUUUUUCAUCUGGGAGCGCCUUGAGCAAAUGUUUACGGUCAGAGUUUUCCUCUUGUGGGCACGAUUUAUUUCGUUCGUAGCGAGAAGAGAGCUUGCUACCUUAGUGGCGUUAGGUAGGCUUCUACAACAAUCAGACCGUCUACCUGAACGCAAGGGCGCUCUGGUUAGAUCAACGGGAGGGAUAUAAACGCACAAACACUCGGUGAAGGUACACAAAUCCUCUGCACUUUGAGAUGUGGAUGCGAUGACGGCUGGCUCCAGAGACCAGAGGAAGUGGCUUUUGCAUCGGUGCUGCUCCCACAGACCCAGUGUUUGACAUCUCAGACAAGCACCAGCCACUUUUCGCCUGACGCUAGCUCCCUAGCCCUGAUUUUGCUCUUUGGGUCAUCAUGGAACACCAAGGCCUACUUUCUAUCAUCGUGGUCAUUCUAUGGGUUAUGGCUGUGUGUUUGGCCAGGCUUACCCCCCGGGUCUCCUUUCCGAUGGGUUCACCCGGGAGGUGUCUCAGCCACUUCGACAGCUCGGACGUCGGCAACACCACCACACUGUUGCUAAGCGAUGACGGCGACACGCUGUUUGUGGGAGCGCGGAACUCAGUUCUCUCAUUGGAUGUCAGCCAGGAGGAUGCCAUUGUGAUGAGGAGCAAGCUGGACUGGUCCCCCUCAGAGAAGGACCUGGACGAAUGCUCCAUGAAGGGCAAGAAAAAGAUGGACUGUCCCAACUUCAUCCGGGUGCUGCAGUUCCUCAACUCCACGCACAUGUACGCCUGUGGAACCUUCGCCUUUAGCCCACGCUGCGCUUACGUCAACUCCGAGACUUUCUCCCUGGUGACGAGCCCCAGCGGAAAGCCAGAGGAGGGCAGAGGUCGCUGCCCCUACGACCCCUACCAACGUAACUCGGCCAUCACCGUCGAUGGAGAGCUGUACACUGGAACGGUAGCGGACUACAUGGGAAACCGGCCGGUCAUCUCCCGCCACCUCAGCGAGGGCGGCCAUGUUGAUCUGAAGCUGGACGACACUUUGGGCUGGCUGGAGGAUCCCACUUUCAUCAGCUCCAACUUCGUCCCCAGCGAAGAGAAGAUCUAUUUCUUCUUCAGCGAGGUGGGCCGGGAGUACGACUUCAUUGACAAGUUCACUGUAUCUCGCAUCGCCCAAGUCUGCACGAGUGACGUCGGGGGCCAGCGUACCCUGCAACGACGCUGGACCACCUUCGCCAAAGCCCAGCUCCUGUGCCAGUCUGACAACGAGCUGCCCUACAACGUCAUCCAGGACAUCGUCACCCUCCCGCCACCUGAGGGCGCCCCAGUGGACGACACCCUCUUCUUCGGCAUCUUCAGCUCUCAGUGGUCGGUGAACUCAGGGCAGUCGGCAGUGUGUGCGUUCCGCCUUGGCGAUAUCAAAGCGGUUUUCGCAGGCAACUACAAGGUUCUGAAUCGGGACACGCUUCGAUGGAGCAUGCGGGUUCAGGAGAAGGUUGCCAACCCGGGAGAGUGUGGCCUGCACAAUGCCUCAGACAACACCCUUCGCUUUAUCAAAGAAAACUUCCUCGCAGACGACAGCGUACACCCUGUGGGGCGGAGCCUGACCAUGGUGUCACCUGACCAGCGCUACAGCCAUGUGGUCUCCCAGAGAGUACAGGCCGCCAACGGCAAGGACUUCACCGUUCUCUUCCUGCUCACAGAAUCGGGCUACCUCCACAAAGCAGUGUUGCUGGAGAAGGGUGCCCACAUCAUUGAGGAGAUCCAGGUCUUCGAGCAGCCUCAGGCCGUGAAGAACCUCCUGCUUUCCAAAUCAAAGGGUGUGUUGUUUGUGGGCUCAUCAGAAGGCGUGGUGAGGGUCCCGUCCUCCAACUGCUCCCACUACUGGAGCUGUGCCGAGUGUGUGCUGUCCCGGGAUCCCUUCUGUGGCUGGGACCCCUCCGUCAAAGUCUGCACCCACGCCACCAGCAUCCAGGACAACGCAGGCCAGGAUGUAGAAGGAGGGAAUGUGCAGGAGGCGUGUGUUUCGCCCAGAUCCAGAUUUGGACUGCACAAAGGAAAAGCAGACUCCUUUCCCCUAGGCGAGCUGGUGUCAGUGUCCCUGAAUGAGGUGGUGCGACUGCAGUGCCCAGAGGCCUCGAGCCUGGCCCACCGCCACUGGGAGCGACCCAACAGCCGCCUCUCCCCAGACCUCUACCUGCAGCUGGAGGAUGGAAGCCUGCACUUCCUGGCCACGCCUGCCACCCUGGGCCACUACCUGUGUCUCUCCACAGAGAACGGCUUCCAGCAGAACCUGGCCAUCUACCAGGUAAAGCAGAAGAGCAGCCCCACCCCUCAGGCCACUGCCAUGACGACCACACGCCCUCAGAGCCCAGCGCUCCCCCCAACCACCCAGGCUGGUUCAGGAGGAUGGCUCACUCCGCACUUGACUGGGCCCAAGCAGACCAAGCCGGAGCCCACUGCGCCAGCAAGGGAGACUCCAGUCACCACGAGGCGAACCAGCAGGAACUUUACUUUCUGGGUGGAGCAGUCGGGGGAGACUGAGACUGAGGCGGAGGGGUGGGGAGGGGAGAAGCUGCUCCUGGGGCAAACCUACCUGAAGGAGUUGGUGGUGGUGUCUGUACUGUUAGCGUGCUGCGUUAGUAUUCUGCUAACUAUGAUGCUGUAUAGCGUGAGGCAGCGCUGCCGCAGCAGGACGGCGCCCCAGGCCAACGCCCCAGGAAGGGACUCGGAGAGGGGUGGCCCUCAGGAGCGGGAGGCCCUUCGGGGGGGUCAGUCGCCAUGCAGCAAUGGCAUGCGGAAUGGGCAGAUGGCACACAACGGCCAAGCCAACGGGGUUGUGUGCAACGUCACACCGAGGGGCUCCAAUGGGCAUCUUCCCAACACCCCUAUCUGAGCACAGUCAACCACAUCUCACCCUAACUAUUGACAUACCAUAUCUACUCUACCUAAGAACAAUGUAGCCUUUACAUGGUCACUCUUGAGCCAUGGAGUUUUACAUGAACACGGCUAACUGCAGCACUGUGUGUGGACUGUCAUGACAGCGAGUAAGACUGUAUGUAUGGCCUGAUGUGGUAACUCAACUAAAAGGACACUGUUUUCUUCUGGUACGAUACCAGCCUGUGUGAAUCAAAGUGCAGACUGAUUAACAUGACUCACUGCUCUUAAUAAAUAAUCUGUAUUAUACUGUGCUGUAUGUAGUUUGGAGACGAGGUUCCAUUGACUAGGCUGUUAUGUGUAUUUAAUGAAAUAGCCAAGAAAGCCGAUUUUAUCGAAUGUACAUGAACUGCAUCACUACACUGCCACAACCACUGCCGCCACACUGCCACAAAAAAAAAAGAAAAAUGGCUCCUGACUAACUAUUAAGGAACAUGUCCACUCAAAUCACAGGCAGGAUCACAAACAACAGCCUUUUUUGUUCUAACAGUAUUUUUGUAGCAUCAGGUCUACAUUGCUAAACCACUGUCUUUGUAUGCAGCGCUAUUGUGAAAGUUAGCGUAGCACGUUGUAUGGUACAAUGUUCUAUUGUUAUUUAUUUUGCUGUUUUUUUGUUGUUGUUGUCAUUCUGUUGAUUGUGCUGCCAAUUUACUCUUCUUUUUUCUCUUUCACCCAAAACGCACAUUUUUUAAAAUCCUGCGGUCUGUGAAGCCAUGAGAACAUGAUGUUGAUUUGACACUGUAGGGCUUACCUCUUCCAGAACAAGAUUAUGCUGGUGUUUCGAGACCUUUUUAGUUUUUAUAAUUUAUGUGUUGUCAGCAUAUUAACUGGACAGAAAUCCUCAAAUCUCUUAAACUGUGAUAUUGCCAAAAUUGCAUUUUGAAUGAAAACAUGUUUUUUUUGCUAGACAGCUAUUCAGAAACUGAAAGCAGAUUAUGAGAAUUGGUUCAUUUUAAGCUGCUUUAGAUGACGAUGAGAGAAACGAAUAGUUAUUAAACAAAUAUAUGGUACUCCUCGUCUUCGGUACAGAUCACAAACCACUUGUUAAAUAAGUAGUUGUCUUUAUUUUUAUACAAUCGUAUCUUACUGUUUCAAUGUUGCAAAUAAACUGUUCAAUUUGUGCAAAAAUAA